UUACAUAAACUGCGCAUUACUUGCAACAACUCGAUGCAAUUCAGAUAUAAAAGAGGGUCUAACCGCCACAGACAAGGUAGUAUUACACAGCUUUUCGAACGUAAUUUCUAUAUACUUCUGAUUUCUAAAAUGGGCAAUAAGAUCUGUUUUAUUUUCCUCAUGAUUUUUGCAUCCUUUACGGCUAUGGCAUUAGCACUUCCACAGGAUUCGGGCGCUUCUUGCGGCCCAAAUGCACAGUAUACAACAUGCGGCACCGCUUGUCCGCCCAGUUGCAGUGAUGAUCCUUCGGUGCCCACAGCUUGCAUAGCAGUAUGCGUCCCGGGCUGUCAGUGCAAUUCAGGAUAUGUGCUGAACAAUGCUGGCCAAUGUGUUACGAGAAGUGAAUGUUAGCCAA